GUUGUGUUUUUCUGAAUGACGUUUACCUCAGGAAACGGUGAACUCGUGCCUCAGGGACUAAAUCAGACUGUAUUUCAGACUUAAACACUUUAACCGAGCCUGGUGGGGCCAGUAGCGGCCUUAUGAGGUCGUUGUGUCGGCGCUGAGCCUCGUGUACAGAGCGGUGGAUGCUGCUCUCUAUGAACUGAACAUUAGCUCGCUCCGCGGCUAGCUGCCUCUGAGCGGACGAUGCGGUUCAUUCAUUUGGGCUAACGCUAGCUUGGCAGCGGAAGUUCGUGCUCACCGGAGCAGCUCUGCUCUUCUUGCCUGCUUACUUUUUGCUGCUUCUCUGACUGACGGAAGGAAGUGUUAGUGUGACUGUCAGUGUGAAAUUAAGAGGUAACUGCGCUGUGGCAUCGGUCAGUCUGCAAAGUGAGUCAGGUUUGCUAACAUAACUUGUGCUGACGUUCAUUGUUAUGGAUCACGAACAUAAAGCGAAGGAAGUGGCUGACUGCUUGCUGAGCUACAAGAGAGAUGAGUCUGGGUGGAAAGUCUGCAAGAAAUCGAAUGAUGUGACUGUGUCAUGGCGUCCCUCGUCUGAGUUCCCGGGGAAUGUUUACAAGGGCGAGGGGAUCGUCAUUGGCAGUCCUGAGAAAGUGUGGGAAUGUCUGAAACCAGCACCCAAUGGGCUCCGAGUUAAAUGGGACAACAACGUCAAAAAGUUUGAGCUUCUGGAACAAAUCACAGAGGACAUCUCUAUCUGCCGAACAGUCACGCCCUCAGCAGCUAUGGGUAUCAUAGCUCCACGAGACUUUGUAGAUGUUAUUUUAGUUAAGCAAUACGAAGAUGGCACCAUUUCAUCAAAUGCUACCAAUGUGAGUCACCCCGGAUGUCCUCCCCAGUCUGGCUACGUGAGAGGAUUCAACCAUCCAUGUGGUUGCAUCUGCGUCCCCAUCUCAGGAGAACCCAACAAAACCCAGGUGUUCAGUUUCUUCCAGACAGACUUGGGUGGCUUCCUCCCUCGCUCAGUGGUCGACUCGUUCUUCCCCUCCAGCAUGACUGAGUUCUACAGCAACUUGGCCAAGUCGGUGAAAUCCCUCAAAGACCUUUGACACCAAGCGUUGAGAAUUCCCCAUCAAGCCUGAGACCCACUGACCACUCAGGCCACCAGAUGUUCAUUCCAUUUUAAACAGUCCAACAGCAGUCAGCACUCCGAGAUUAUCUAAGAUGCCAAAUAUCCAAUCAAAUGGAUCUAGUCCUCACUUUAUGUUAUGUAAUGUACAUUCCUUAAUUCCUGUGUUACUGCAGGAGGAGUCUAGUAAGUGUUUUAACAGUCAGCACUUAUAUUUGAAAAGUUCUCCCUUGAGAACAAGGGCUUACAUUUGACAGAUUUUUAAAUUGAAACUCCCUUUACAUUCCUAUCUGUGGGAUCAGUUUAGUUCCUCUAAUCUUAAAGCAAAUAGAUGUAAAAUAUGUUUGUAGAUGUGCUACAGGUACAUAAUACUUUCUACCAGAUAAUUGUGGCACCAGAUGUUUACUCUUCCGACUGCAUACUUCACUGUGUACUGUAAACAUGCAUGUUGCAUGGACCUUUUUGACCCUGUGCUGGUAUCAGAUUGCUGGUUUGUACUGACUCAUACCUCAUAUUUAGUUGUAUGUAUUGUGCUUGAAAUGACUUAGUUUUGCAGAUUUCUGGUCACCUGUAAACCAUGAAAAGCUGCCUCUAAAAUGUAGCUACACUAUAACACUAAAGCACAGAUGGGAUGCCAAAGGUAAUUUUUUUUUUUAAACAAUGGCAGAAAUGUGUCUUCCCUUUUUUUUAAUGGCAUGAUUUCUGUUGAACAUUUGCAUUUUUCCGUAUAUACAUACUUGUAUACUUGUAAGUAGUGGUUCUUCUGGCUAACUGGACUCACAAAACUGAUUGGCACCAAAUUAAUUAUCCAGUCCAGCUAUUACUGGGUCUUUCUUUUUAAUAAGGGAUUUGACGUAGGGGAAAUAAAUCCCAUCUAACAUGGAGAAAUACCAAUCAUAUUCAUGAUUCUAUAAGUCGAUAAAGCUAUUGUGGUAAACUGCUUGUAUCAAAUCAAAUAAUUUAGGAUGUAAAUAGUAAUAAUAAGCCGGUACUAUACAAGUUCACUAUCAUAGAUGUUCCUCCGUCAAAACAAAACUGUUCUAAUGCAUAUAUGUGAGCAGUUUCUUUGUACAUAUGUCAAUUAAAUUGGCAGACAGAGAGCAAAAGAGAAAGAUUUGUUUAAAAAAAAUAUUGUUAAGCACACUAUGAGUGUUGUAAUGCAGGAAAAUAAUGUCAGAAGAGACUGUUGUUUUUUUUUAAAAGAAUUAUUUAAAGUGUGUUUAUUGGAUCUAAGGUAUACAAAAGGAAAUACACCAAGGCUAACAAAAGAACUGCAAAAUGCAUUAUUUAUAAUGGUACUCCUUACAAAGGGAGGAAUGUCAUGUCCGUUGCUUUAGUCUUGAGGGAAGGGCUUGCUGUGUCGUCCGUCUUCUUACUCCAGUAAUACAGCUUGUUUUCUGGUGUUUGAGCAGAGCUGCAUGUGAGCUUGUGUGCAGUGCAGACUUGCAUAUGAGCUGUUUUAGGGCAGGGUAGGAUUGUUUUUAUGGGAAAAAGUUUCAUGUGUAACACUGAUACACAGAUCUGUUUUGUAGGGGUUUAAUCAAUGGCUGGAAAGGGUUUUUAAAUUGUCGUAUUAAACAGCUCACAACACAUUAGUACUUCACUGUGUCUGUUCAAACACCCUAUUCGUUGACGUUUUAGCAUCAACUGGGAUGAGGAUUGACAGGAGCUUCAUUCAGACUUUGCGUUUACAUGUGGAGACUCAAUGAGUCACUUGUCUUGUUAGGACAAUUUACAGUCUGCUUUUCAUGUGAGGCUACCUUACUGUCCACAUACUGUGGUUAAAAUAGUCCUGUAAAGGGAAAAAGUAAUAGAAAAUGUACCUUGGUAGUUUGAAGUGGGCAUUAUAAACAGUGUUUAGAUUUGGUGAGAUUAUGUCAGCAGUUUUGAAGUCUUGAAGACACAAGUAUGGUGAUAACUGAACAGAAGUCUCCUUACACUGAGCAUUUAAAUCAUGUUAAGUUUUUGAAUAAGACACAUUUUCGGGUUUAAAAUUCGUCUCUCGCUUAGACACUAAAAUCAAAGCUUAGAGCACUUAAACGACAAAUUCAAAAUCCAGUCUUUUUUAAUUGCUUUGAAACUAUUAAAAAGUUGGUCAUGUAAAUAAAAAAUAAAAAAUUUACUCGUAACUGUUAUAUCUGAACAGUGAGGCCAAUUUGGAUAACCAUGACCUGGAUGAAUGAGAACCUACACAAACAGGCCAAUUCCUUUGUUUGCUGUAGGCUGAAAACACUUGGGUUUGGCAUCAAACAAUGAAUAUAGACAAGAGAUCAACAUUUCAGCUUUUAGUUCAGGGUGUUUAUAUGUGGGUCUGAUACCCAACUUAGAAGUUAGUACCCUCUGUUUGUACAGAUAUUGCCUCAUAUUCAUCAUUUGAUGUCAAACCCAAAUGUGUUCAGUCCUUAUUUCAAAUGCAGGUUAUUUCAUAACUGUCAUGAUGUUUUUCACGUAUUUAAAAAAAACUAGAUACACAAAUGUACUCAAUUUACUCUUUAUACACUCAGCCCCCCCACCCCACCCUUUUUUUAACGUCUCAGUAGACAUUGUAGAAGCCUUCCCUUCAUUCCUUCAUCAUUAACGUUGAAGUGGACAGCUACCUAAAGACAACUUUUGGAUUUUCUCAUUGAAUUGAGUAAAUGCGGUCUAGUGCUUGGACAAUGUCAGCACUUUCUUAAGAACUCCCUCUGUAUGAAAUGAACAUGUUAGAGUUUGAAGAUGAUUUAAACCGAGAAAAGUUUGGUUAUUGAUUUGGUUUGUGUAGUGAACUGAUAGUGUAUCCACUUUCUCUGGAGCCUUUCCUGUUAUGCUAAGCCAUGCACAGUAGGCUGUUAUAUUUUUUUUAACCUAGUCUUUUGAGGAGUAUCGAGAUUCCUUUGAAAACUUUUUACCACAUUACCUGGAACAUGCUUUACCUCACAGUGUGUAGACGGUGAUUGUAAUGAACAACCUUAAAUACAUUCCACCAUUUUCAAGUUCCAACACGUGCUUGGUAUGCCAUUACUUACAUGUGGAUCUAAAGACAUUUUAUGUGUGUGCUGUAAAAAUGGACGGUAUUUGUUCAUGGGACAUUGCCUCAGUGUACAUACAGGUAGCUGCUGAAGGAGAAAAAACAUGCACAAUGUAGAAGAAAUACAUAGUUGAUAAAAACCAGCGAAGCACUUAGUUUUUUUGCUUUCGUGUACGUAGAUACUACUUUACUUCUUUUAACUUCGUGACCCGUUUGGAUUUGUUGGGUUUCUCUCUAAUGUGUUACUGUAUGCUCCUCACUAUACUAUGCGAAGUGCCCUGAGAUGAGAUGUUGUGAAUUGGAGCUGUAUAAAUAGUAUUGAAUGGACCCCAUUCCCACCUAGUAUUGAUACUUUCUGAUUCUGUUCUCUGGCUAAUCUGUUGUUAGUCGUCUGCUGUUAAGUUUUGUCACUAUCCCUCCUGCCUUUUUGUGAUCAAAAUCCCAAUAGUCAGAUGUGGCUUGUCAACAAACAUCUUACAGUAUGUCUCAGGUUAAAGGAAAUGAUGCUAGAUUCCCUGGAGACACCAAAACCAGGGUCACAUGACAUUAAUAGAACUGAAGGCAUCUGAAUGGUGCUUCAAUCGUCUAACUAAUGAGGCAGGCUCUAUUAAUGCUGUCAUCAGAGAAAUUUUAUUUUCACCAGGUUUCUGCUAAUUUCUUAAGAUGUUUCCUGCCAUUGUCACCACUAGAGGACCCUGUGUACUGUAGUCUGAACUGAUCAGACAGCAGGAAACUACUUGAUAGUGCUGAUCUAAUACAUUUUGUUUCAAAAUUGGCACUUUAUUUGUAAUAAAAAAAAUUUAAAAAAAAAGCCAAGUUCCAUCAGAUUCUGAACCAAAACAGAGCAGUGCAGCACCUCUCAGUUCAGUGUGGAUUUAACCUUUUAAUGCUCUGACCUCACUGAGCUUUGACCAACAGUUAUCUCAGUGUAUGCAGAAUGACACAGUUCUCAAAAAGCAUGUAAACUAUGGCAGAACCAGUCCUACUAAAAUCCUAUAUGUGUUGCAGCCUUUUUGUCAAGUACUGAGACUAAUUACUCUCAAAAAAUAUUGGGUUCUAUGAUAGAAAUUGAUACUUAUCCAAAGUUUCCUUAUGUGCAUUGUCUGAGCAACUUGUGGUCCAAUAACUAGUUCAGACAGUCUUUGUCUUCUGUGUUAGACUAGUUGCAUGUGCUGCACACUGACUGUUUUGGUUAAUUUAAUGUCUGGCACACAGAGUAUGUGUAAAAUGAUACGUGUCAAAUGUUUGUACUUUACUCCUGACCAAUUCCGUCUGAAUUCACAGAUGGGGGUUGCAGCACCAUUUUCAAUUUGGCUUUGGAAGAUAGUGGUAGGAGAUCAUGAUUUUAAAAAAAAACUUUAUGUGCAAAAUUACAGGCAUCUACUCCCAUUAGUUUGUUGAGUUAUGGCAUUUUCAAAUUUUAAUAAUUCAGGCCAAAAUGCCCUCCCCCCAAUCCUCGCCUGGAAUUUUUAGGUUUUAAAAUGCUUAUAUCCCUGCUUCUGGGUAUCACAGAGACUUGAAUUUUUUUCUCCAAGCUCCCUACAUGUUGGUGAUGUCCUAGAAACAACACACACACACUCAGGAGAAGUCUCUACAGGGUGACCCAAAAGUUUGGAAACAAAUGAAAAGUCUAUAAUCUAAAUAAUAUAAUGUUAUUUCAAUAAAUCAGUACCACAGAUAUAUUCAGAAGAGUAACAGAUUAGUGUAAAAAAAACAUAUUUCGACAUGUUCAUGCUUGUUUCUUAUACAAAGCUGUGAACGUUUCCACCAACUGGUUACACUGGUAUCUUCUGGAAUGUAUCUUCAGUCAUGCUUAUGAAGGUUCCUCAAACUGGCCAGUAAAUGUUGCCUCAUGGUACUUUUGGAUGUUUAAAAAAAUUAAAACUGUCAGAUACUUUACCAUCAAGAGUUUUGAAACCUGACACUGAUGGCCUGCAUUUUGAAGUUAUGCUCCAGCAUACCUGUACCUUAUGGUUCUAUUAAUUUUAUUCCGAAUUAUUGCACUAAGCAAAUACUAUGCUUUUAAGUUAUUUUAUUAUGUUAUAACAAAAAUGGGUAAAAUAAGAGUAAAUUCAUGCACCCCUAACUCAAAUAGACACUGCAGUUAAACUUUGUUUCCAAACUUUUGGGUCAUCCUGUACAGAGCAGGGGGGCUUGCCCAAAAUCUAUAUAUUAUUUGUAAAAAAAACCUCUCGCGAGUAGGGUUAAGGGUGUUAAAAAUACUAGAAAUCUUACAGAUUAAUGUCUUAGCACCAUUUAGUAUUGCUCUAGACCAGACCGGCUUGUAACUUAUACAGGGGGAGCCCUCGAGGCACAUUAUUUAAAGAGAUAUGGACUGCUGAACAUUGCCCCCCAUGAAAAGUGCCUAAUUUUCAAGGACCCUGAAGUCAAUGUAGCACAGGUGGUAGAGAUCUGCUAAUGUGCACAGAAACUCAUCUAUCCUCUUACUAUAGCCAUGCAAAGUCCCAACUUCUAGCCAUCACUGCAUCAUGCUCAAUUUUACCCUCAAACUGUGCCAUUUUUGGUAUUCUCGAAUCUGAACGUUACCUGUUAUGCAUAUAAAGUCUUCUUCGUCAAUCUUUAUUGUACUGAGACUACCUCGGACAGGUUUCCCAUGUCUUUCCUCAAACCUGUCUAGAUAUUCUUUUUUGUGGUGAAAACACACAUUAUCACUUUCCGUUAACUGCAGACCUGUCCUUCGUUGAAGUAGAUCUUUUCUGUCAAGGGACAUUUCUUUUAACAAUAUCAGACCAGAGUUUGCAGUGGGUUCCAGUAGUAAGGCAACUGUCCUGUAGGCCCAGCUUGGUGCCCGCAGAGCAUGCACAAAGUUCUGCCAUGUUCACACUUUUCACUAAUACAAAAAAGAUGUUAGGGAAGCACAGAAGAACUAUAAAUCUACAAUUAGUUUGUUCUAAUGCUAGUCUACAUUCUAUUGCCCAUCACCACAGACAAUUCAAGAAUCCAGCAUCAUGGUCAUCACUGGAACAUGUAUAUUAAUAGUCAGGCAUGUCAGUAACAUAAACUUUAAGUCCUUGGUACCAAGGUUCAGCCUUCCUCUUGCUUGUGAGCUUGAGCACAUCCAGAUCUGAAAAAACAAGUCUUUUUAAGACACAUACUCUAAUGGUAAAAAUGUUUGUGAUUUUUAUAUCAAUCAUAAAUAUUUCAUGUGGAAUGCCACAUGAUCUAUUAAAGCUGCUCCAAACCCAGAAAUAACAAACCCCAAGAAGUAAAUAUUUUGAGAGCAAUUUUAAACAUUUCUUUAAAGCAUACAUCAAUAGACAAUAUGAGAAAAUUUUUAUAAAUAGAUCACAUGCCCGGGAUCACAUGAAAGCUAUCUGCAGCAAAAUAUGGAAACAUGUAUGACAGUGUAUGAUCAAUACCCUUUGGUAUCAUUAGUGGAUUGUUAUGCACAAAGCCCCAAGUAUUUUCCAACAUAAUUACCAAACCAGUGGAUACACAUGUAUUUUCAUCUUAUUGUACAUAGUACCCUAUAGCGUAGAUUAAGAUUCGCCAGUAGCCAGUAAUGGCCGAGUUUGGGGGUAAAACUGAGCAUGAUGCAGUGAUGGCUAGAAGUUGGGACUUUGCAUGGCUAUAGUAAGAGGGUAGAUGAGUUUCUGUGCACAUUUGCAGAUCUCUACCACCUGUGCUACAUUGACUUCAGGGUCCUUGAAAAUUAGGCACUUUUCAUGGGGGGCAAUGUUCAGCAGUCCAUAUCUCUCUAAACAAUGUGCCUAGAGGGCUCCCCCUGUAUAAGUUAUAAGCCAGUCUGGUCUAGAGCAGUACUAAAUGGUGCUAAGGCAUUAAUCUGUAAGAUUUCUAGCAUUUUUAACAUCCUUAACCUUACUCGCGAGUGUUUUUUUUUACAAAUAAUUUAUACAUUUUGGGCAAGCCCCCCUGCUCUGUAGAGACUUCUCCUGAGUAUGUGUGUUGUUUCUAGGACAUCACCAACAUGUAGAGAGCUUGGAGAAAAAAAUUCAAGUCUCUGUGAUACCCAGAAGCAGAGAUAUAAGCAUUUUAAAACCUAAAAAUUCCAGGCGAGGAUUUGGGGGUAGGGCAUUUUGGCCUAAAUUAUUAAAUGCCAUAACUCAAAAAUUAUUGGGAGUAUAAGCCUGUAAUUUUGCACACAGCUUUUUUAUUAUCAUGAUCUUCCACCACCAGCACCCACAGUAAAAUUGAAGAUGGUGCUGCAACCACCUUCCUGAAUAUUUGGUGUUUUGGGAUGGAAUAAGCCUCCUGUUACUGAAAGCACAUUCUGCUGUUUUAUAUGCCUGUACCAGUCAAAACACAUAAACAAACGUUUUCUUCUACUUUUCUGUUCACGAAGUAAUUUUGUAUUUUCCUGUUGUCCAACACUGAUGUUUUUCUUUAGCAGUCAUGUCAGACGGACCAAGGUAUUUGAAGUCAUCUGCAAACUUGGAGAAUAAAACAUUACACGUGUUCACUUA